AGAAACUAUUGAUGAAUUCCCAAAGAACGUGUCAUACCAAACUACCAGUCCUUAUGCUGUACCUACCAAGCUGGCAAUAGACAUUAUUGGAAGACAAAAACAUGUGGUAGUGACAGAGUGGUUGAGCCAUCUCAAGUUCAUAUAACUUACUCCACCUCCUAAAGGAUCGUAUAUCUAUAUAAACACAUUCAAGUUGGUUUGUAACCCCCACUCAGACUCAAGGACUUCCUCCACAGUUCACAGAGAACAUUAUUUCAGCAUUCACAAGCUAUUUCUUAAUUUAACACUUCCUCUACAUCCUAAAGAAAUAUGGCAAUCAGUAUGGGGCGCAUUCUCCGUGGGAAGCAAGGAGGCCUCAGAAGGUCUUCCUCGAGAUCAAACAGAGAAAGUGAGGUUCCUAAGGGUCACUUUGCAGUUUAUGUAGGCGAGGGCGAGAAGAAACGCUUUGUCCUUCCAAUAACAUACUUGAAGGAUCAUUCAUUCCAAGACCUGCUUUGUCAAGCUGAAGAAGAAUUUGGAUUUGAUCAUCCCAUGGGCGGGCUUACAAUUCCUAUUCCGGAGGAUACCUUCUUGGACAUCAUCUCAGCAUGAGUAGCAGAUCCUAGUAGACUUUAGAUAUCUUAUAUUAUAAACACAAUUUUGCAGAUAAAAGUAUUCUUGUACAGUGCUCCAUUUUUUUCCUGAUCAAAUUGGGAAAUAAAAACUAUAAAUUUUC